AUGGCGUCCACAAGUCUAGGGCAAAUUGCCGCAAAAGUUGCCGGUGUUUCAACUGGACCUUCCUCCCAAUAUCAAAGUCAACAACGCAGCCCAGCUCAAAUAGCUGCGGAAACCUCGGGUGUUAGCAAGCCCACCCCUGCUCACACAAAUACCUCCACAUAUAUCACCGAUCUUUAUGGACAUCCCUGGCCUGCUGAUGGAUCUCAUGCUUUGAACGUUGGCGGACUUCCCGUAACAUCCGACCCAUUCCUGUUUGAAAAGCAGCAAACCUUCGUGCGCGAGAAGAUUGUCGAACGUCGAGUUCAUCCUGCUGGUUCUGGUCAUUUCGGAUACUUCGAAGUAACCAAAGAUGUAUCUUCACUUACCAAAGCCCGAUUCUUGGGCGAAGUAGGAAAAAAGACCCCCGUCUUUCUCCGCUUCAGUACCGUGACAUUUGGGAAAGAGUUUCCAGAUCUCGCGAGAAACCCUCGUGGCUUUGCAGUGAAAUUCUAUACUGAAGACGGGAACUACGAUGUUGUCGGAUUAAACUGGCCGGUUUUCUUCGUGAGAGAUCCAAUGCAAGGACCUGACAAUAUUCGUUCGCAGUCGAGAAAUCCCAAGACUUUCUUCAUUGAUUAUGAUGCCACAAUGGACUUUCUGGCAAAUGUGCCCGAGUCAAAUCAUGCGGGAACUAUGUUCUUCUCGGAUUCUGCCACUCCUGAUGGAUGGAACUUUCACGGAUAUGGAUGCCACACGUUCUCCUGGGUUAACGAACAGGGUGAAAGAGUUUUCAUCAAAUACACUUUCCUCAAAAAGGGUGGCCAGAAAUUCAUGUCAUUUGCUGAUGCACAGAAAAAUAUGGGUAUGGAUCCUGAUUACUCCAAAAAAGAUAUGUACAACCAGAUCGAAAGCGGAAAGGAGCCAGAGUGGACCGCCUAUGUACAAACCAUGACGGCUAUCGAAGCCGAGAAACAAUCGUUUGAUCCCUUUGAUGUCACCAAGGUUUGGCCACGUAAGGAAUUUCCCCUCCAGGAAUUCGGUCGAAUUGUCUUGAACAAGAAUCCAGACAACUAUCACCGAGAUGUCGACCAAGCCGCCUUCUCGCCUUCUUCCCUAGUCCCAGGUAUCGAACCCUCUCCAGAUAUGCUAUUGCAAUGGAGAAUGUUCUUUUAUCGCGAUGCACAAAUGUAUCGUCUGGGUGGCAACAUGCACCAAGUCCCCGUCAACUGUCCAUUCAUGGCGCAAAACUACGCACCCCUCUCGCACGACGGAGCCAUGCGCAUCGACAACAAUAACGACGAUCGACUCAACUACAUGCCCAACUCCUACGACAAACCGCAGUACUCGGCCCGCGCAUCCGAAACCCCCUUCCGCGUCGCCGACUCCAUGGUAUCUCGCCAAUCGCACCACAAAAACGAAGGCACAGAUAUCGAAUACGUACAAGUGCGCGAAUUAUAUAACCGCGUCAUGGAUGAUGAGCAGAGAGAUCACCUGCAUUCCAAUACGGCCUUUUGCAUGAAUACGGGUGUCAGCAAGACGACGCGCGUCAAGUAUUUGGGGCAGGUGUAUAAAAUUUCGCCAAAGUAUGUCGAGGGUAUUAUUUCGUACUUGGUGGAUAAAAAUGUUACGUUGGCGGAUGCAAAGAAGGCGAGUGAGGGGGCGGAAAUGAAUGGGAAGAGUGAGAAGUAUAAGCCGAAGGAGAGUGCGCAUCAUUUUUUGACGGGAAGGGAAGUUGAGGGCGAGGGUCUGGUGCCGCCUAUGGGUGGGUUGAAUGUGCAUAGUGCUUAG